AUUUACAUGCUAAGUAACGUCACUAGAGAUAGCCAAUCAGAGUCGUAGAGGGGAUGGCAAACAGACCGCUGUAUAUUUAAUUGACAUGUGGUUGCUAUGACAGUUUCGUGUACCGUUUUACCGGUGUGGAAGAGGUGGUGUCAGUGCCAUCAUUGUUAUUUAUUGUAACGGUGCAUAUUGUGAACGGGAAUUGUGGGAGUCAUAUUGUUUAGUGAUGGUACUGUCUGAGGAGCCCCGCUGAUCUAGCUUCUUGUUAUUGUCGGUGUUUCGUUGCGGCGACAGUCUCCCUUUCCUUAAAAAGAUUUUUUUUCAUAUCAAGAGAAUAUGGAUGCAGGCAAGACACUUGAAGGCGUGGGAAAGGUUGGCUUCGUGGGAGCCGGGAAUAUGGCACAAGCUAUCGGAGGAGCACUCCUGCGGACUGGUCUACUGAAAGCAAGCAACAUCUAUGUAUCGUCCCCCUCAAAUACAAACAAAGGACCUUGGAUUCAAUUUGGGACGCACACUACAACAGAAAAUGUGAAACGACGCAGAUUUCUUCAUUGCUUGUGUUCAAAUGGGGUUUCUGCUGCACACCAAGACACAGAUGAAGAUCUGGAAGAGGGAUAUGAAGAGGAUUCACCAGUAUCACAUUUCAGUCAUGGUUGUGUUGUGGAAAACUCUGAUGUUAUAUUUCUCGCAAUGAAACCAAUUUACUUGGAUGCAGCAUUGAUGGACAUAAAAAAUACUUUGAAGCAACCGGUCAGCAAUAAACUCUUUGUUUCAUUGUUGGCUGGCGUGCCAUUGAAAGUACUUGAGGAGAAAAUUCAUAGGAUUGUGCCAGAUGCUCGUGUCAUCCGUGUGAUGCCAAACACACCAGUACUAGUUGGAGCAGGCUGUUCGGUUUUCAGUUGUGGUACAACAGCUACUAAAAAGGAUGCAGAAGUAGUGAAAAUGAUGCUCUCUACUGGAGGCAUUUGCCAAGAAAUUUCAGAAUCUUUGAUUGAUGCUGCUGGUGGUCUGUCUGGAUGUGGGCCUGCAUAUGUGUACCUCAUUAUUGAAGCAUUGUCUGAUGGUGCAGUGAAGAUGGGUGUUCCUCGAGCUAUGGCAACACAGUUUGCUUCUCAGACUGUGCUAGGUGCUGCAAAAAUGGUGCUAGAGACAGGGAAGCAUCCAGGGCAGUUGAAAGAUGAAGUGUGCUCACCUGGAGGUACUACAAUCUGUGGUAUCCAUGCAUUGGAAAAGGGAGGUGUCAGGAGCACCUUAAUGGAGGCUGUUGAAGCUGCUACAAAACGUGCCGCGGAGCUUGGGAAAAACAAGUGAGGGGAAAGCUACAUACAGAUGCAUUUACAAAUUUGGUAAAAUGAUGAAAUGUCAUUUUAAAUGAUGUACAUAAUAUUGUUGAUCAUGUCAUAAUCUCAUGUAAGUAAUAUCUUACUGUGAAAUAAAAGUUUUAAGAAUGGUUUGUA